GAGAGCCCCUUCGAGGAAGAGGCAAGGCCAGACCCGGACUCGGAGCUUCUCUCGGCCGACGACGAGGGCGGCGAGCCGUCGGACGCGGAGGAGCCGUCGCAAGCGCAGGACGCGGACGCAGACGAGGUGCACGAAGGGGCUGCGGCCACUGACGAGGUGCGCUUCGCUCAGCUGCUCCGUCUGGCCCGGUAG